AUUGCUGCAAAUUAAACAUUUUAAUUCUAGACAACGAUGAAUGUGGCCAAGUUUUAAUCAGUUAAUUUUUUUUUACUUUUGCAUUAUCACUUCCAUUGUGUUCUCUCAGUGUAGUUUUCAUGACAUUGAUUAUUUCCAGGAGCUUUGUAUGGUCUUGGCACCGUACAGUCAAUCGUCACAAUAUCGACUCUGCUGAGCAAUAGAACUAAAAUUACAGAACUAAGCACGAAGAGGAAACCAAAAGAAUACAAAACAGGGUAAAAUUAUCUAAGAUAAAGUCCGCAGCUAGAGAAAAAAUAAAAAUAUCUAAAGCACGUUUUUGUAGCUUUUUUCAUACUUGCAUUUAUGCUGCAAGUAUGAGAAAAAACUUGAGGCGAAAAUAUUUUUUGAAAACUAGUUAAUAAGACACCUCAACAUUCUUGGCCGGCCUUGAAUAUUCUGUCAUAUCCAGAUUCAGUAGUUCGCAAUGCAUCUUACACACCUUAAAUCGUUCAUUCAUUCACAACUCAUCCACAUAAUUAUUGAAAACCAGGAUGUGUGUUUAUAGAAUCAGUUUCUUCAAAGUACUUAAAGAUUGAAAGGAUGGUUGAUGAACUAAUGUCGCCUUACAAAACAAUCUAACGAAAUGGAGAUUUGAAAGACUAAAACUUGUUGCAUUAAAUUUGAUCGUUAAAGAUUCAAUGACAUUAAAUUCCUACACUCAUAAUUUUAUUUAUCAAUAAAUAAGUGUCAUUGACGCUAUUCCUAAUUUACCGAAGGCUUUGUUUGCAAAUCUAAAUAUACAUACUGCCGCCGCUCCAAAUAAAAUCAAUAAAAAAAUAAAUUAAUUAAAUUUUCAAACACAAAAAUCAAUUCUAGAUCAUUACAAAAUUUAUCUGCAAAGUCGUGACACCAAAGGUGAACGCAAUUCCGAUUAAAAUUCGACUAUAAAUAUGAGAGUAAAAUUACGAAUUUCAAUCACAGUUAUUUACAUAUUAGACAAAUAAGUGCAUCAUAAUGAAUACAAUUUUUCAACUAUUUCUAAUAGGACUACUACUAACGUUGUCGAAGCUAGAAGCCUGUAAUUACAGUUCAAAAGGGAGUGUACAAUUUCCAGGAAAUUUUAGUUUUGGUGUUUCAACUUCGGCAUAUCAAAUUGAAGGAGCUUGGAAUGAGGAUGGGAAAGGUGUAUCAAUUUGGGAUGAUUUUACACAUAAAAAUCCUGAAUUGGUACGGGAUGGAUCUAAUGGAGAUAUAGCUAUAAAUUCUUAUCAUCGAUUUGAUGAUGAUUUGGAAAUACUCAAUGAUCUUAAGGUUGACCAUUAUCGCUUCUCAAUUUCUUGGACAAGAAUAUUUCCAAAUGGUGAAGUAAAGUAUAGAAACCAAGCUGGAAUCGAUUAUUACAACAAAAUUAUUGAUAAACUACUUGCUAGUGGAAUAAAACCUUUGGUUACACUUUUCCAUUUCGAUUUACCCAUGGAGAUUCAGAAAAUGGGUGGUUUCAUUAGUCCCUUGAGUAUUGAAUAUUUUGUGCAAUACGCAACAGAGAUUUUCAAACUUUAUGGUGACCGGGUCAAACACUGGAUAACAUUUAACGAGCCUUGGUUUAUGUGCAAACUAGCUUAUGGUGAUGGAAUUUAUCCACCCCUUAUCAAUGCCUCUGGGAUAGCAGAUUAUCUUUGCAUAGACAGUAUUCUAAAGGCACAUGGUGCAACUUACCGUCGUUUUAAAUCACACUUCAAGAAACAAAAAGGUCAAAUAGGUAUUUCACUCAAUAGUCCGUAUUUUAUCAUUGCUGAUUCGUCUGAUAAGGAUAUUUUAGAACGUGCCAUGCAAUUCAAUCUGGGUUAUCUUGCACAUCCAAUUUUCAGUAAAGCUGGUGGAUAUCCCGAGGUAAUGGUCAAAGAUAUCGCAAAAAAUAGCUUCUUAGAAGGCAGAAUUAUGUCACGUUUGCCUAGUCUUGAAGGAGAAUGGAAAGACAUCGUUCGAGGUUCAGCUGAUUUCUUGGGUCUGAAUUAUUAUUCAUCAGCCUAUAUUAGAUAUGCUUCGCAGCCAGUAGGACGAAAUCCUUCAUUCGAACGAGAUACAAACUAUGAAACUUACAACAAGUUCCCAUCACAGUCUUCACAGAGUUGUGAUCCAGCAGGUCUUGAGGGUUUAUUAAAAUGGAUUCGAAAGGAAUACAAUAAUGUUCCAGUGAUUAUCACAGAAAAUGGCUACCGUGAUAUGGGAGAACUUAGAGAUGAUAAUCGAACAAGUUACCUAAAGACCCAUUUGCAAGCUGUAUUGAAUGCAUUGAAUGAUGGUUGUAAUGUUGUAGGCUAUACACAUUGGAGUUUGGUUGAUAAUUUUGAGUGGUUGUUUGGAUAUACAAUAAAAUACGGACUUUAUGGAGUCAACAUGACUAGUCCCAAAAGAGAUCGUGUUGCCAAAAAAUCUGCCAAGUUUUAUAAAAAAGUUAUUAGGUCAAGAAUUUUACAAAUGGAAGAUGUUUGAUAAUAAAGCUUACAGCUUUAGAUUAGAUUAGAUAAUAUUGUAGAAUGUUAUACAUAUUAAGUAACAGUAAAGUAAUGUUAUUAUUAUAAAGUGGU